AUGGACUCCCCAGCUGCAAAUCCCAAGAUUCUGUAUCGGAAUUCCCGUCUUCUCCGGAUGGUGUUCCUGCAGCUCCAUCGCCAGCAGAGGGCUGACUUAUUUUGUGAUGUUGUCCUUCAGGCAGAAGGAGAAGCUGUUCCUGCACACUGUUGUAUCCUGUCAGCUUGCAGCCCCUUCUUCACAGAGCGUUUGGAGCGUGAGAUGCCUCCCAAGGGACAUAAGGUUGUGCUGGAGCUCCGGGGGCUGAAAAUUGGGCCACUGCGUAAACUAGUAGAUUUCCUCUAUACCUCUGAGAUGGAGGUGUCCCGGGAAGAAGCCCAGGAUGUUCUUGCAGCUGCCCAGCAGCUUCAGGUGUCGGAGCUAGAGUCUCUACAGUUAGAGGGAGGAAAGCUGGUAAAAAAGGCACUGGGCCGUCGUUUAAACCGGGAGUGCCUACAGUUGUCCAGUCCAGUAUCCAUUCCAGAGGGCCAUCUGAUGCAGUCUUCUCCUGCCUCUGGUGGACACUGCCUGACAUCCCACCCACUUGCGAGAAAGCAGCAUACAGCAGCACAGCUUCCAUUCACCAAGGGAACAGGUAACAAUAGCAAUACUGGUCAGAAACGGACUUUAAAGAAAGAAAUAGUAAUUAAGAGCGAAAGCAAACACCAGAUGUCUGCAGACUCCUGUGCUAUGGCAGAGUUCCUAACAACGAAAGCUAAAAAACGUCUUGCAGGCACUAUAAGGAAUAAUCUGGGCAAUGAAGAAAUUAGUAAUCUGCACCAAGUGCAGGCCAGAUCCAGAGAUGAGCAAGCUGUGGUUGGCUUGCAAGAGUCAAAAAAGAUCAAGCUCAGCCGUUCACAACUCUCCUCGUUGACUUUGCCGUGCACCACUGAAGACCAUAGUGUUCCUGUUUCCAGCAAAAUCUCAAAGUCCAGUAGGCGCUUCUGGCGUAAGAAAAGUCCUACUUUGAAGAUUGAGACCAAAGAAGCCAAAGUGGUUAGCCAUUUGCAUGACUUCUUGAGUCCACCACUGCUUCCAAAGGCUACUAAAGGUAGAAAGCGCAGCUCCAGUGAGACAGCUCUAAGCUUAAACCCCACCCAGGAGGCUGGGCAGGUUGGCCGAAUGAUGCUUCGGAAGGUGAUCAAUUGCAGCUGCUGGGAGGUGGUACAGAAAACAUCUGCUACACAGCCCAUGAGAGCUGCAGGGUCUGUGUGUGCUUCGGCAGAGGAGGGCUCCCUGCCCCAACCCAAACAUCCUAAGCAAGAGGUAACAGCCACGCAAUGCCAUGCAAGCUCCACCGCACUUCUGCCUGUAAAAGCAGAGAGUCCCUCUCUCACAGAGAGGACCCCCUUAGGAGAGGUUGGGGAUGCUGUGACCUCAGUUGAUGGAGAUUGCGUCGGUGGGGAUUCAUACCAGCUAUUCAUGCUAGACCAAUUGGCUGAGGGUGAACAAUAUGACAACCUGGCUGCUGCUGGGGAGCUGGAACACAUGCUGGAUUACCUUCUGGCAGAUGAUGCUGCUGCUGUUAGGGAAUCCAAAGACACCACUGUUCCACAGAGUGUUCCUACAUCAAGCCCUGCACCAACAGCCAGUAACCCUUCACUAGAAAAUACUGGAUCUGAGGAAAAACACUGGUAUCCAGCAGAGGUGGCAGUUUCCCCACAGUGGACUGAGGCAGAAAAUAAUCCCUUGCAAGGACAGGAAGGGUGUUCUGCUUCCACAGUCAGCAAUGGAACUUGUGGCUUGACAAAUGGAGCUCCCUUUCUGAACUGUGCUAAUGGUUGCCUUCCACUUGUGACAUCUCUGUCCAGUAAUGAUUGCUUUCCUUUGUGCAGCCUUACGUCUCCUGAAGAGGAAAGUUGGACAGGCCAUCUUCAGUUGCCUGUGUUGGAAAAUGGGGCUAUGAGCCUUACUGCCUUCUUGCCCAGUCCUGAGAAGCAAGGGCUUCCCUUCUGUGAAGAGACAACCUCAGGUGCAGAAACAAAGCAUCAAGCUGUGCAGCAUCACCUGGACUGUAAGCUGCCUCCCCUGUUGACCAUCUUAGAAGAAGAUGAGAUAGAUGUUGGUGGGGUAGAGGAGUUCUUCCUUUAUAGCGAGUGCGUCAGGCCAGAUUCCUCUCCAGUGUCUGAAAACGAGGUGGAUGUUGUGAAUUAGUGAGUGCGGGCCUGCGGACAGAUGCAGUGAUGUGUGGUGGCUUACCAUUAAUCCCUACAUUAUGGGACAAGUUGUAGUAGGCUUGUGAUUUAAAAGCCACACUUAGUGUUUAGGUACUAGUUUUAGAUUCUAAUGUAAGUGGAAUUUUUUUGUACUUCCUCAGAAAUGUUGAGGGGAGAUUGUCAGGCAUAACACCACCUUUCACUGCCUGUUACCCUGGGAUUCUACAAUUGGCCUCUAUCGGAGAAAGUGAUAUAAUUGCAGGACAGAU